AUGCUCCCACAGAGGAUGUCGCAGGCAGACAGCCAGCUAAUGCACGGGGCAGGAGCUACGAUUCGUGCCUGUGCAAAGGCGGAAGCCUCCGCCUGUGAGUACGAUCUCCAUUCCGUACACAGUUCCAACGACAGCCUCCACAAUGGAUUGUUCGAGGUGGAACGUGUUCGUGAUGCAUGCGACACUUUCCUCCACAAGCUAGCUCAUCCUAGAUGGAUUGCUUACGAAUCUGACGAACAUUCUCACCCCGGAAUCAACAGAACACCGGUUCUGAGGCUCUGUUUAUUUGCUUUUCGCCCCCUCCUGAUACUGGAACUUCUGUUCAUGAUUUGCUCUCAUUUCGACGUAAAAUUGUACAAGUGUAUAUGCGAGGCAUGUCUCAAAGAAAAACUCAAAAAUUAUUAUGUCUUGCUCCACGACUCUCACUUGAUCGCCGCGUCUUGUCUGAUAUACGAACAGACGGGUUUGCACACUGGAUUAUCCAAAGUUCUCAACGACGAUUUGCUGCUGCUGGAUGCAAAGGGACAUCCAUAUUUGCAUGCGAAAAAUGUAAUGUUGGGUUACAUCCAGGCUGUUUCAAGUCAUUUCAUUUGA